AUGAACGAAGAAGAACUGGUGGAGUACUUCAGGGCUCAGAUGAGGAAAGACCCGGACAUGGCCUCUGCCGUGGCAGCCAUCCGCACCCUGCUAGAGUUCCUCAAGAGAGACAAAGGUGAAACCAUCCUGGGUCUGAGGGAGAGCCUGACGUGGGCUACAGCCUGCCUGAAGGGAGAGGACUCCUCUGUGGCCGUGUCAUCUGGAGGAGAGCUGUUCCUGCGCUUCAUUAGCCUCACGUCCCUGGAGCAUCAGGAUUUGUCUCGCUGUAAGAAGGUGAUGGAGGAAAGAGGAGAACUAUUUCUAGAGAAGAUCUCCAUGUCCAGGAACAAAGUCGCUAAGCUCUGUCACACCUUCAUCAAAGACGGCGCUAAAAUCCUGACUCACUCGUACUCCAGGGUGGUCCUGCGGGUGCUGGAGAAAGCCGCGGCGGAGAAGAAGCGCUUCUCCGUUUAUGUGACCGAAUCGCAGCCUGAUGCCGCAGGACGGCAGAUGGCAGAGGCCCUGAAGAAACUCAACGUUCCAGUAACAGUAGUGCUGGAUGCAGCUGUAGGGUAUGUGUUGGAGAAGGUGGACCUGGUCAUUGUGGGAGCAGAGGGAGUCGUCGAGAGCGGAGGGAUCAUCAACAAGAUCGGCACCUAUCAGAUGGCUCUGUGCUCCAAGGCUCACAACAAGCCCUUCUACGUCGUUGCAGAAAGUUUUAAAUUUGUUCGUCUGUAUCCGCUGAACCAACAGGACGUGCCCGAUAAGUUUAAGGUGCGGCUUCCUUAUUUUGUGUGUUGUUUUUUUUUUUUAAAUGAUUUUCCGUCCCUUUAUCCAGAUUUAUUGACUUGUGCUUCCUGCUCCGCACAGUACAAAGCCGACACCCUGAAGAGCAUCCGGAACCUGUCGGAGGAGCACCCGGUCAUCGACUACACUCCCCCCUCCCUCAUCACCCUGCUCUUCACAGACCUGGGGGUCCUCACCCCGUCGGCCGUCAGCGACGAACUCAUCAAACUGUAUUUAUAACCGCGUCCCUUUGCUAAGCAAUAAAACAGACGUUUAUGGUC